AUGUCUCCUCUCCCUGUCGUGCAAGAGCGCACAGACGAUAACAACCUGGUAUCAUUUACUUCAUUGGCUCACAUGGCAGAAGUCUAUGCAGUGGAUCUAAAAGAUCCACCCCUGCAAAUGACCUAUGUGAGUGUCAGUAUGAACCGGCACCCGCUUCCCGCGCGGAGGCGGCGAGGGGCCGGGGAGCCGGGCACUGCGCUGCCCCGUCGUAGAGGAGGGGCCGGGCCCCAGCGGGCAGGGGCUAGGCUGGGCGGCCGCGGCAGAGGGCGAAGCCGGCAGGAGGUGAGGCUGGGCGGCCGCGGCAGGGCGAGAAGCCGGCAGGGACUGGUGGGCGGCCGCGGCCGGGGGGCCGGGCACCAGAGGGGCUCCCCAGCCCGGGGCCCCGCAGCGGGGCGGAUGGCUGCGGGCAGCAUCACCACCCUGCCCGCGCUGCCCGACGACGGGGGCAGCGGCACCUUCCCCCCGGGGCACUUCAAGGACCCCAAGCGGCUGUACUGCAAAAACGGGGGCUUCUUCCUGAGGAUCAACCCGGACGGCCGAGUGGACGGAGUCCGGGAGAAGAGCGACCCGCACAUCAAAUUGCAACUUCAGGCAGAAGAAAGAGGAGUGGUGUCAAUCAAAGGUGUAUGUGCAAAUCGUUUUCUGGCUAUGAAGGAAGAUGGCAGAUUAUUGGCAUUGAAAUGUGUAACGGAAGAAUGUUUCUUUUUUGAGCGCUUGGAAUCAAACAACUACAACACUUACCGGUCACGGAAAUAUUCUGAUUGGUAUGUGGCACUGAAAAGAACUGGACAGUACAAACUUGGACCAAAAACUGGACCAGGGCAGAAAGCUAUCCUUUUUCUUCCAAUGUCUGCCAAGAGCUGAUUUCAGUGGUAGAUUCUA